CGCAGGCCCAGGGGAGGGGGCUAGGGGCCUCGAAGGGCUCCGGAGCUGCGACGGUGAGCCAUGGCGCUGGGGCUGCAGCGCGCAAGGUCGAGCACCGAGCUGCGCAAGGAGAAGUCCCGGGAUGCGGCCCGCAGCCGGCGCAGCCAGGAGACCGAGGUGCUGUACCAGCUGGCGCACACGCUGCCCUUCGCGCGCGGGGUCAGCGCCCACCUGGACAAGGCUUCCAUCAUGCGCCUCACCAUCAGCUACCUGCGCAUGCACCGCCUCUGCGCCGCAGGGGAGUGGAACCAGGUGGGAGCAGGGGGCGAAGCUCUGGAUGCCUGUUACCUGAAGGCCCUGGAGGGCUUCGUCAUGGUGCUCACUGCCGAGGGAGACAUGGCUUACCUGUCGGAGAAUGUCAGCAAACACCUGGGCCUCAGUCAGCUUGAGCUCAUUGGACACAGUAUCUUUGAUUUCAUCCACCCCUGUGACCAAGAGGAGCUUCAGGACGCCCUGACCCCCCGGCAGAGCCUGUCCAAAAAGAAGCCCGAGGCCCCCACCGAGCGGUGUUUCUCCCUGCGCAUGAAGAGUACCCUCACCAGCAGGGGGCGCACCCUCAACCUCAAGGCGGCCACCUGGAAGGUGCUGUACUGCUCUGGCCACAUGAGGGCCUACAAGCCCCCUGUGCAGACGUCCCCAGCAGGGAGCCCCAGCUUGGAGCCCCCCCUGCAGUGCCUGGUGCUCAUCUGUGAAGCCAUCCCCCACCCCGGCAGCCUGGAGCCCCCACUGGGCCAGGGGGCCUUCCUCAGCCGCCACAGCCUGGACAUGAAGUUCACCUACUGUGAUGAGAGGAUCGCGGAGGUGGCCGGCUACAGCCCCGAUGACCUGAUCGGCUGCUCCGCCUAUGAAUACAUCCACGCUCUGGACUCGGACGCUGUCGGCCAGAGCGUCCACACCCUGCUGAGCAAGGGCCAGGCAGUAACAGGGCAGUAUCGCUUCCUGGCCCGGAGCGGUGGCUACCUGUGGACCCAGACUCAGGCCACAGUGGUGUCGGGGGGCCGGGGUCCCCAGUCUGAGAGUAUCGUCUGCGUCCACUUCUUGAUCAGCCGGGUGGAAGAGACCGGAGUGGUGCUGUCCCUGGAGCAAACCGAGCGACACUCCCGCAGACCCGCUCAGCGGGGCACCCCCUCCCAGAAGGACGCCCCUGAUGCUGGCGACAGCCUUGAUGCCUCUGGUCCCCGGAUCCUGGCCUUCCUGCACCCCCCUGCCCUGAGCGAGGCCACCCUGGCCGCUGACCCCCGCCGCUACUGUAGCCCUGACCUCCGUCGCCUCCUGGCUCCUAUCCUGGAUGGGACUUCAGUAGCUGCCACGCCCAAUGCACCCCCAGCCACACGGUGCCCCCAAAGCCCUCUUCCGGCCGAUCUGCCAGAUGAACCACUCAUGGACAUGGAGAAUACACACAAGCUCUUGGCCUCUGGCAAAGACCUUGAGACUGUGGACACAGAUCUAGAUAUAGCUCAGGACGCCGACGCUCUGGAUUUGGAGAUGCUGGCCCCCUACAUCUCCAUGGAUGACGACUUCCAGCUCAACUCCAGCGAGCAGCUGCCCCGGGCCUUCCACAGACCGCGGGGCGCCGUCCCCCGGCCCCGCGCACGGAGCUUCCAUGGCCUGUCGCCCCCACCCCCUGAGGCCUCCCUGCUGCCCCGCUGGGGGAGUGACCCCCGGCUGAGCUGCUCCAGCCCCUCCAGAGGGGACCCUUUGGCAUCGUCCCCUGCGGCUGGGGCUCGGAAGAGGACCCUGGCUCAGAGCUCAGAGGCCGAGGCCGAGGGGGUGGAGCUGCUGGGAGUGAAACCCCCCAAACGGUCCUCACGCCCAGAACCCGAAAACUUCCUGCUGCCUCCCCUCAGCCUGAGUUUCCUUCUGACAGGAGGGCCCGCCCCGGGGAGCCAGCAGGACCCCAGCACCCACCUCCUGGAGCUGAAUGAGCCCCUCCGCCUGGGACCCCCGCCGCUCUCUCUCUACCCGGAUGAGGACACCGCGGAGCCCAGGAGCCACUUCCACCCAGCGGCAGGCCCGGCCCAGGCCAACUGAGCGGGCUCCGCCGGGCCCUCUUCCCUGCGCCCCUCCACUCCCCAAAGGACCUCAACCACACUCCACGCCGGCAGCCAAAGCACAGGAUGGGGGCCCCAGGAGAGGGGCUCCCUCCCUCUCCUUUCAGCGGCCCCCGCCCACCUCGGGCCUACCUCAGCCCUCACCCCUCUGCCCCCCACGUCUGGGGGCUUUCGGGGGUGGUCUCAGCUCAGUGACCUCUGGGAGGGGGUCCCUGGCCCCCUCUUCCUCCUUCUCUCAGGACUUCCCUUGGGGUUCUCUGUACUGGUUACCUCAUCCCUUUCUCCCACUCUCCUGGCUUGAUUUUGGGUAAUUAGGGGUCGGGGAGGUGGGGGUUCAGGUCUGUGUUUCUGGGCUCUGGGGAGUAUGGGUAGUAACCACAGUCACAUUUCUUUCCAUCCAUGUCUGUUGUUUUCACGAUGGGUUUUUGAUCGCUAUGAAUUGCCCGGGGUCCAUAAGAAUGCAGGACUCUGAUUCCCACCCCCCUUCUUCAGGUGUUUUUUUUGGGGGGGCCCUCUGGGGCAGACUGCACCCCUAGCAACUUCAGAUCAAUCCCCUUAGCCUCCCAAGUGGCCACCCCGCUCUGCCUGCCCCUCCAUAGGGGCUUCUGCGGCCCCCAGUCUCCUCUGGGCACUGGCUUCGUUCACAGGCUUCCCGUUUCCAGGGGCAGCCAGCCUCCAACUUCCUCUGCUUCCAGAUCCUACAACUUCCAGAUCUCUCCGGUUCUAGACCACUCUGUUCCUGACCUUCUCUGGUUCUAGACUGUCCAGCCCCCAGCAGUCUUAGACCUCACAUGCUCCAAACCCCUCUGACUCCAGACCUCACAACGUCUAGCUCUUUCUUGUUCUGGACCUCACAACCUCCAGCGCCAGGUUUGUCCUUCACGGUCUCCUCCACGGCUGCCUUGUUCUAGGCCUCACAACCUCCAAGUCCCUCUGGCUCCAGAGCCUAGAACCUUACCGGCUCCUCUGGUUCUAGACCUCACAUUGACUUCUCCUCUGGUUCUAGACCACUCCUUGUAAAUGUCUCCCCCUUGUACCAGAGGUCACAUGCUGUAACUCCUGCUGGUUACAGGUCUUACAACCCAUGACUGCCUCUGAUUCUGGACGCCACAGCCUAAACUUCAUAUUGGUUCUAGUCUUCCUGAUCUGUAAUAUGUUUGGGUCCAAAUCCAGACUUCUUAAAUUUUCAAAACAUGAUGCUUCAUGAUGCCCAGCUCCUUCCCUUUCAACUUUCUACACUCAAGACUUGCUUUCCCAAUCAAAAAGAAGUAAAAUGAGCUUUAUGGCUUGAGCUUAUAACCAUUGUAGUACUUCCAGAUUGAAUGGCAUGCCCCAGUUCAUUUGCUCUAGACCUAAUGACCUCCACCAUUCACGGUUCGAGGCUAUAAAACCUUUAGACCUUGCAAUUCCCAGGGCCCUCUGAUUCCAGAUAUGAUGAUCUCAUUUCUCCUGAUUCUUGAACUUGGCUUCAAAUGUCUUCUGAUUCCAGACUGCACCCUCUCAGUUCCCCAGGUUCUAGACCUCACAAUCUCCAAUUCCCUCUCCAGAUCUUGACUCCAAAUUAUCUUAGAUCCAGAACUUAGCCUCCAAACAUCUAAUUCUAGAUCUUGACUUAUAAAAAUUUCUGGUUCUAGACCCUACAGCCCCCAGCUCCUGAUUCUACAUCUUGCCUCCAAAACCUCUCUGGUUCUAGAGCUCAGUCCUCAGACUUUUCCUAAUUCCACUCUUUGUAGUCUGUAGAUCCCUCUGGUUCGAGGCCUCGCAGCCUCCAGUGAUCUCUGACUUCAGAUCAAAAUUCGUUUGGUUCUAGAACUCAGCCUCCAAGUGCCUCUGAUUCUAGAAUCUGGACACCACCCUGGGGAUUCCUCUGGUUCUGAAUCUAAUGACCUUGGACUUUCUGAUUCCAGACCAUACCCUCUUGAUUCUGGGCUUCCUGCCCUACUCAACUUGCCCCGAUUCCUGCUGUCUUAAGUCUUCCCAACCCAGGUUCCUCUGCUUCAUGCUUAAGCCUCUCCAUUCUUGACCUCACAUCCCUAGUUUCCCUGCCCUAGAACCACUACUACCCCGCCGCCCGCUCUCCUGAGACGUGCUUCCCUUUACUUCACCCCAGGUACCCGGGGGACCUGGGGGUUCCUUACAAUCCAGGAGACUUCCCUAGCCGCACGGACACGCGCACAGCCCUAUCUGCAUAUCACGGGUGGGGAGAGGCUGGGACUCCUCAGUACUCUGCCACUACCUGUGUAUCCCCCUUACUCCUGACCCCAUUUCUACGAUGGUGCUACUCUUGGUCUCCCACACCAAAAGGCCUCCCUCUCUCAGCUCGGUUCACCCCCAUUUUGGAAGGCACUUCUCUGUUUUGUCAGGGGAUGGCCUGUCCAGAUUGGUGCUACGGGGGGAGAAGGCUCCAGUCCCUCUUUCCCUCAGGAGGUAACCCCGGCCAUCGAUGGAGGGAACUGGACUGGCUUGGGGGAGGGGAAGGGAAUGGCCCAGCCACUCUGGCUCUGAAACCCACUAAUCUGUAUACCGCCAUAAAGACUUUGCCUUGGUAGGCACCAGA